AUGCAACUCUCGGGAGUUUCGCGGGAGAAUCCCGCGAAGAGAAAGUUCAAGGCUGCGUCGGUGAUGGACUCAACUCAGCAGGUGUCUGCCAACAGAUCUGAAUUUGCGAUCUUCAAGUGUGCUCGGGUGUGGAUCCCCGACAUCGAAGAAGUGUGGAAGUCGGCCGAGCUGACCAAGGACUACAAAAAUGGUGACGCCUCUCUGCAGCUCAUGUUGGAGGAUGGAAAGAAUCUUGAGCACAAGCUGGACCCCAAAACCAAGAACCUGCCCUACCUGCGAAACCCUGACAUCCUGGUGGGCGAGAAUGACCUCACAGCGCUCAGCUACCUCCAUGAGCCGGCAGUGCUGCACAACCUCAAAGUCCGCUUCAUCGACUCCAAGCUCAUCUACACUUAUUGCGGGAUUGUUUUGGUGGCCAUCAACCCGUAUGAGACGCUGCCCAUUUACGGGACAGACAUCAUCAAUGCGUACAGCGGUCAGAACAUGGGCGACAUGGACCCACACAUCUUUGCUGUAGCAGAGGAAGCUUACAAACAGAUGGCGAGGGAUGAGAGGAACCAGUCCAUCAUCGUGAGCGGCGAGUCUGGGGCAGGGAAGACCGUAUCAGCCAAGUACGCCAUGAGAUACUUUGCCACGGUCAGUGGCUCAGCCAGCGAGGCCAACGUCGAGGAGAAAGUCUUGGCAUCCAACCCCAUCAUGGAGGCUAUCGGAAACGCAAAGACAACUCGGAACGACAACAGCAGUCGCUUUGGGAAGUACAUCGAGAUCGGCUUCGACAACCGCUACCGAAUCAUCGGCGCCAACAUGAGGACAUAUCUGCUAGAAAAGUCCAGAGUGGUCUUUCAGGCGGACGAAGAGAGGAAUUAUCAUAUCUUUUAUCAGCUCUGCGCAUCAUCUCAUCUGCCGGAGUUCAAAAACCUCAAACUGAGUAACGCAAACGACUUCCUGUACACCCGGCAAGGUUGCAGCCCCAUUAUUGACGGGGUGGAUGACACCAAGGAGCUGUGCACCACCCGACACGCUUUCUCCUUGCUCGGGAUCAACGAAUCCCAUCAGAUGGGAUUGUUUCAAGUUCUGGCUGCUAUUCUUCAUCUGGGAAAUGUGGAGAUCAAAGACAAAGAUUCCGAUAGCAGCUUCAUUCCUCCCAACAAUCAUCACUUGACCAAGUUCUGCGAGCUGGUGGGCGUGACCUACGAGGACAUGGCUCAGUGGCUGUGCCAUCGGAAGUUGAAGACGGCCUCCGAAACCUACAUCAAGACCCUCCCCCGGCUGCAGGCCACCAACGCCCGCGACGCCCUGUCCAAGCAUAUCUACGCCAAGCUCUUCAACUGGAUCGUGGAGCACGUCAACAAAGCGCUAGUCACCAAUAUCAAACAGCACUCCUUCAUCGGCGUGCUCGACAUUUACGGGUUUGAGACAUUUGAAAUCAACAGCUUCGAGCAGUUCUGUAUCAACUAUGCCAAUGAGAAGCUGCAGCAGCAAUUCAACAUGCACGUGUUCAAGCUCGAGCAGGAGGAGUACAUGAAGGAGCAGAUCCCCUGGACUCUGAUUGACUUCUACGACAAUCAGCCCUGCAUCAACCUCAUCGAAGCCAAGAUGGGCGUCCUGGACCUGCUGGAUGAAGAGUGUAGGAUGCCAAAAGGCUCGGAUGAUUCCUGGGCUCAGAAGUUGUACAACACCCACCUGAAGACGUGCUCCCUUUUUGAGAAGCCGCGCAUGUCCAACCGCGCCUUCAUCAUCCAACAUUUUGCCGAUAAGGUUGAAUAUCAAUGUGAAGGUUUCCUGGAGAAGAACAAGGACACGGUGAAUGAAGAACAGAUCAAGGUGCUCAAGGCCAGCAAGAAGUUUGACCUGCUGGUGGAGCUGUUCCAGGAUGAGGGGAAAGUCACCAGCCCGACGGGUCAGGCCCCCGGGACGGGAGGCAGGACCCGUCUCAGCGUCAAACCUGACAAGAACCGCGACAACAGCAGCAAGGAGCACAAGAAGACCGUCGGCUGCCAGUUCCGUAACUCCCUUCAAAUGCUCAUGGAAACCUUGAACGCCACCACUCCGCACUACGUCCGCUGUAUCAAACCCAAUGACUUUAAGCUGGCUUUCUCGUUUGACCCAAAACGUGCGGUGCAGCAGCUGAGAGCUUGUGGCGUCCUGGAGACGAUCCGCAUCUCUGCUGCCGGUUUCCCGUCCAGAUGGACAUACCAGGAGUUCUUCAGCCGGUACAGAGUGCUCAUGAAGCAGAAAGAUGUUCUCUCUGACAAGAAGUUGACAUGCAGAAACGUUCUGGAGAAGCUCGUGGAGGAUCAGGAUAAGUAUCAGUUUGGCAAGACCAAGAUCUUCUUCCGGGCCGGCCAGGUGGCCUACCUGGAAAAGCUGAGAGCCGACAAGCUGCGCGCCGCCUGCAUCCGCAUUCAGAAAACCAUCCGCUGCUGGCUGGCGCGCAAGAAGUACCUACGCAUGCGCGACGCGGCCAUCACCAUCCAGAGGUUCACCAGAGGAUACCAGGCUCGCUGCUUGGCAAAGUUCAUGCGUCGCACGCAGGCCGCCAUCAUCAUCCAGAAGUACCAGAAGAUGUACGUGGCGAGGAAACGUUACCGGCAGAAGCAGGCGGCUGCCCUGGCCAUCCAGACUAUCCUCAGAGCUUACAUGGCCCGCCAGAAGUACCAAGCGCUUCUUCGCCAGCACAAGGCGGUGAUCAUCCAGAAGCACGCCCGCGGCUUGCUGGCUCGACGCUGGUACAAGCGCUGCCUGAGCUCCAUUGUGUACCUGCAGUGCUGCAUCCGCAGGAUGAGGGCCAGGCGCGAGCUGAAGAAGCUGAAGAUCGAAGCCCGCUCGGUGGAGCACUUCAAGAAGCUCAACAAGGGCAUGGAGAACAAGAUCAUGCAGCUCCAGAGGAAGAUCGACGAGCAGAGCAAGGAGAACAAGUCGGUCAACGAAAGACUCGCAGGCUUGGAGAACACCUACGCCACGGAGAGCGAGCGGCUCCGCGGGGAGCUGGGUCGCCUGCGAGGCGUGGAGGAGGACGCCAGGAGCAAAGGCAACCAGGUCAACUGUCUCCUGGAGGAGCUGGAGAAGCUGAAGAAGGAGCUGAGCACCACCCAGCAGGAGAAGAAGACCAUCGAGGACUGGGCGCAGUCGUACAAGGGCCAAAUGGAGAAAAUGGUAUCAGAACUGAAGGACCAGAACGGCUUGCUGAAGAAAGAGAAAGACGACUUGAACAGGUUGAUUCAGGAACAGAAUCAGCAGAUGACAGAGAAAAUGGCACGUGCGAUUGCAGCGGAGACUCAACAGCUGGAGACCGAUCUCAACGAGGAGCGCUCUCGCUACCAGAAUCUCCUGACCGAACACCUUCGCCUCGAGGAGAAAUACGACGACCUCAAAGAGCACAUUUCCAAGACUGGCCACAGGAGAACGGAUUCCACCCACAGCAGCAACGAGUCAGAGUACACCUACAAGUCAGAGUUCGCCGAAUCGGAAGAAGGUUCCCUUGCCGCAGAAGAUUUGACUCGAGGAAUGGAUACCUCGCUCACGCUCAAGCUGCAGAAGCGACUCACAGAGCUGGAGCAAGAAAAGCAGUCGCUGCGCAAUGAGCUGGAGAACAAAGAGGAGCAGUUUCAGAGGGCCCGAGCCAGGGAUGAAUCCGAGUUCAAAAAGGCGCGUGGGGCAGAGUUGGAGUACGAGUCCCUCAAGCGUCAGGAACUGGAGUCGGAGAACAAGAAGCUGAAGCACGACCUGGCCGAGAUGAGGAAAAGCCUGCUGGGCGGCGCCGCAUCGAGCGCCGGCGCACCGGGCUCUCCGGCCUACAAGGUUCUCCUGGAUCAGCUCAACUCCUCCUGCGAGGAGCUGGAGGUGCGCAAGGAGGAGGUGCUGAUUCUGCGCUCGCAGCUGGUCAGCCAAAAAGAAGCCAUGCAGCACAAGGAUGAGAAGGAGACGAUGACAGAAGUGGCCGUCCACGUGGAGGACAUUUCCAAACUGAAGGACGCUGAUGAACUCAAACAAGCCUACAUCGGCCUCAAAGACACAAACAGAUCGACUGCUCCAGACUUCCAAAAGCUGAAUGAAGACGGGGAGCUGUGGCUGGUUAAUGAGGGCUUAAAGGAGACCGUCAGGCUCCUGGAGCACCAGCUGCAGACCCAGCGACGGAGUUACGACAGCGAGGUGGAAUCACUGCGCGGCGAGCUGCAGAACGUCAAGGAGGAAAACAACCGGCAGCAGCAGCUCCUGGCACAGAACCUCCAGCUGCCUCCAGAGGCCCGCAUCGAAGCCAGUCUGCAGCAUGAGAUCACCCGGCUCACCAACGAGAACCUGGAGCUGGCGGCCAAUGACCCCACAGCAUCCCGAGAGGCGCGAGUCAUCAUUUUACGCCGGAUGGUUGAUCUCAUGGAGCAGCUGGAGAAGCAGGACCGAACCAUCCGCAAGCUCAAGAAGCAGCUGAAGGUUUACUCCAAGAGGAUCGGCGAGAUGGGAGCCGGUCAAGCGGAGGGUCAGACGUCGCCGGGACAGACGGUGGACGAGCCCAUCCGCCCAGUCAACAUUCCUCGCCGGGAAAAAGACUUCCAGGGUAUGCUGGAGUACAAGAAGGAGGACGAGCUAAAACUGGUCAAGAACUUGAUCCUCGAGCUAAAACCUCGCGGCGUGGCCGUCAACCUGAUCCCGGGUCUCCCCGCCUACAUCCUUUUUAUGUGUCUUCGCCAUGCCGAUUAUGUCAAUGAUGACCAGAAGGUGCGCACGCUGCUCACCUCAACCAUCAACAGCAUCAAAAAGAUCCUUAAGAAACGAGGAGAUGACUUUGAGACGGUCUCGUUCUGGCUGGCCAACACCUGCCGCUUCCUGCAUUGCCUCAAGCAGUACAGUGGAGAUGAUGUCUUCAUGAAGCAUAACACUUCCCGGCAGAACGAGCACUGUCUGUCCAACUUCGACCUGACUGAGUACAGAUCGGUGAUCAGCGACCUGGCCAUCCAGAUCUACCAGCAGCUCAUCAAAUGCAUGGAGAACACACUUCAGCCCAUGAUAGUGUCCGGCAUGCUGGAGCACGAGACCAUCCAGGGGGUGUCGGGCGUGAAGCCGACGGGCCUGCGCAAGCGGACCUCCAGCAUCGCCGACGAGGGCACGUACACGCUGGACUCCAUCCUGCGCCAGCUCAAUGCCUUCCACUCCACCAUGUGCCAGCACGGCACCGACCCCGAGCUCAUCAAGCAGGUGGUCAAGCAGCAGUUCUACGUCAUCGGCGCCGUCACCCUCAACAACCUGCUGCUGCGCAAGGACAUGUGCUCCUGGAGCAAAGGCAUGCAGAUCAGGUACAAUGUGAGCCAACUGGAGGAGUGGUUGCGUGACAAAGGUUUGAUGAAUUGUGGAGCCAAGGAGACUCUGGAGCCUCUCAUCCAAGCCGCUCAGCUGUUGCAGGUCAAGAAGAAGACGGAUGAGGACGCCGAAGCCAUCUGCUCCAUGUGCCUGGCCCUCACCACCGCACAGAUUGUGAAGGUCCUGAACCUCUACACCCCAGUCAAUGAGUUUGAAGAGAGGGUGUCAGUUUCAUUCAUCCGAACCAUACAGACUCGUUUGCGGGAUCGCUGCGAGAGUCCACAGCUGCUGAUGGACACCAAGAUGAUCUACCCGAUCACCUUCCCCUUCAAUCCGUCCUCCCUCGCCCUGGAGACCAUUCAGAUCCCCAGCUCGCUCAACCUGGCCUUCCUCACCCGCGUCUAAGCCGGGGGAGAGGGGAUAGUCAUCACCUUCUGUGAUCACCUCUGUCUCACACACACAAACACAUGCCGUGAGCGUCACAAAACACAUCGUGCAUGCUCCACGUGGUGUUUUAUUCACAUUUGUGAGACCAGUGUUUCCCAAAUUUCAUUGAGACACAUAUUUUAAGUCGGGAAAAUCGCACGGCAUACCACCAGACUAAAAAAACAAACAAAAAAAAAACAGUGACGCCUACCCACAAAAAAUUGUGGUUGCCUCAAGAUCCCAGAAAAGGGCAAGGAACUUUUUUUUCUAUUAGAUAAGGCUAUGGCCUGAUGAAAUGUUAGUUCAUGUUGUGGCUUGGCAACAUGAUGCCACCCAGGUGGAUCCGGCAGGGUUUUGGCCUGGCAUGAUCACAGCAAAUAAUGGAAGAAGGGAUCAGCUAAUAUGCAAAAUUGCAAAUAAGUGCUCAUACUGAAAUAAUAACGAUGUGGUCCGAAUUUACUCACAAAUUUUAAGUGUUCGGUGUGAGAUACGCAGGUUAAUUGUACCUUCCGUCAUCGAGGAAGAGCAUUCAAUCGUUCUGCCUGUCACUUCUACAUUGCUGUCAUAGAUAGUUGAGCAAACAUACGUACAUUAUUUGGAGUAAAUAAGUCAUUUGCGAACUAAUUGAGUGAAAUUGGAAAAUGACCCCGGCAUCUGAUCUCAGUGUUGGGAAGCACUGUAUUCAGUUUAAGUAGCUCUUCGCGGUCUGGCGUUUAUAUAACAAACAAUCUCUUCCCACUUGGUCAUCCUCAUGCUCAUUCAAGCCAAGACGACCGACUGCAUGUCGUCUGCACUCUGUUCUUUAUGCACAUAUAGAUGGAUAUAUAUAAAUAUGAACAAUACAUGUAUUUAUUGCAUUAUCCUCCCGCUUAGCCGAGAGGCGUUUAGUUUGGUUCGGCGGCAGGGCUCGUAGAGUAGUCAUCCCGUUCAUCGGAUCAUGUGUAUGUAGCACAGGUUGUCGCUCGACAGGCGGCGCUAUCGCUUUGUUAUUAUUUAUUGAUCUUUAUUUUUCUUAUUAUUGAGCAGCAUUGUGAGCUUGUUUUUCAGUGCCUCAAACAGCUUCAUGUCAUAUCUCUCUCUCUCGCUCUCUCUGUCUCUCUCUCGCUCUCUCUGUCUUUACCAUUUCAAAAUGCGCACCGUUUUUAUGACCAAAAACCAGGCGUUUAUUUUUGUGUGUGUGUUUGGCAGGACCUAAAUUAAUAAAUAUGCUUACGGCGGAUUCUAGACUGCACGGGCUGCAAAAUUUGCAGAACCAGCAUAUUGGAGUUAUGAUUUAUGUUGUCCGAAAGACACGUGUGGUUCCGUUGCCCUGCUCCCUCAUGUUGUUUGCCAUCAGUGUUAACCUCCUCCCUCCACCUGAACCUUAUUUACCCUCAAAGAGACAGUAUUUAUUUUCUGUUUAUUUUUGACUUAACUCUUCUCGCAUCCUUUUUUUUUUCCCGAUUUGAAUGCACUUUUCCACCAAGCUGUACAGUUCCAGUGACUAUUUUCAGUCAGCCGAUCAAGUGACAACACUGAGUCUAGCGCCGCUCUUUAGGUACUUUGAGAGAUUAGUAUGGUGUUUAAAAGUGAGAUGGUACGUCGGAUCUUCACCGCCAUUUCCUUGAUAGCUCCCUUUGCUCGAUCUGGUUAGUCAAACUAGUUAGCUAGUUUGACCCCAGUGCAAGUGGUCUGUAACACUGGGUGAUUUUAUUGGAUCCUCACUAGCAUGUUCAGGCCUAAUCUUCACAUAUUGCCAUUCAGUGACAAAACAAACCUGUAGUGAUGGAAUCAAUAUCGUUGUCUGGCUUGGCAGAGGUAAUACUUAGAGUGAAACUGCUCCCAACCCAACUUUACUGCUCAAUGCAAAUAGUUGAGGGAAAAUCUUGAGAUGACGCUUUUCACUGCAUGAUUGGCACUACUCUGGUGGAAGCGCGAGUUAUCAAACCAACAUGUCAUUACAUUUUUUUUUUUAAAAACACUUUUCUGCUUUCCUGGUAAAAAAAAAAAAGACUUUUUUAAUUGUAAAAUGUAAACGGCAGUUCUCAUGAUGUUUCAGUGGUAAUUUUACCAGAACAAAAGUGGAGAAGGUCAGUACGUGUUAUUAUUGUUUGGGCUGAUGGAUAAAGUACGUUUGUUAAGAAAUGAAACUUGCAGUUUGUAUAAGGGCCAGAAAAUUAUUUAAAGGAUGUAUUCAUCCCCUGAUGAAUGUUACAUGAAAAAUUUUGAUAUCAUGAUUUUAGCAUCACAUUAGUAGUGGGCAAAGCCUUACGCGUGACUUGGUUGGGAUGGUGGCGUUGUUUUGGUCGUCUGUGAAGUCAAGUCUCUUUAGUUGGGAGUGUAAGAUCAAUAGCAAAUAUUUCUUUUGGUAUUUUUUGUUUUGUCCCGCACAGUCAGAUGCACUUUUUAAAACACUUGCAGAGGAAGACUGUACUCAAGACCGCCAUCACUCGUCGCCAUUUUGCAUCACUGAUGAGAUGGAAGGUGACGCCCUCUCGCCUGCCAAUGCCCUGUCAUCCAGUCAUCAUCUCUCUGACCAGCCAUUUGACAAACUGGACUGUUUGUAGAUUCUAGUAGCUGUGCUUUAGUGGAUGUGUUCACCGUUAUUAAAGUUGGAAUAAAUUGUCAAAUCUGUAAAAGUACAACAAAAACAAAAAUGAAUAAAAGAAUUCAAGCACUGACA